AUGCCGCCGAAGCAGAAGCGUAAGUCCACGGCUACGGCCGAGUCCAGCGACUCGGGACGCAAAAGGACAAAGACCGAGCAGAACGGCAGCGCAUCUUCCGACCCGUUGCGCCAACCGCACCCCUUCCACAAGGAUGCCGAGAAGCAUGGAAUCGUUCUUCGAAAGUUCUAUCCUCACGAGAUGAGCAACGACCGGGCACGAGCCUACAACGACAACGAGAUUCCCCGCCCCAUCGAGGAGCUGACGGCCGCUCUUGAGGAAACCUCCAAGGCGCGCAAGAAGGUCGAGGUCAAGGAUGCCGCGGUUCACUGGUUCAAGAUGGACCUGCGGACGACAGACAAUCGAUCGCUGUCCCUCGCCAGCGAGAAGGCCAAGGAGGCUGGCGUGCCUUUGAUCGCCAUGUACAUCAUCAGCCCCCAAGACUUCGAGGCGCAUCUGACGGCUCCUAUCCGCGUCGACUUCAUGCUCAGGACCCUGCAUGUGCUGAGGGAGGAUCUUGCCAAACUCGACAUCCCACUCUACGUCGAGACCGUUGAGAAGCGCAAGAGAAUUCCCGACAGAAUCGCCGAGCUCAUGGGCCAGUGGGGGGCCAGUCACCUGUUUGCCAACAUGGAGUACGAAGUGGACGAGCUUCGGCGGGAGGCCAAGAUGGUCCGUAUGUUUGCUGACAGGGGCCUUUCAUACGAAGUUCUACACGAUACGUGCGUUGUUCCCCCGGGCCAGCUGACGAGCGGAGCGGGCAAGCAAUACGCCGUCUACUCUCCCUGGUUCCGCGCAUGGGUCCGCCACGUCCACGAGAAUCUUGACCUUCUAGAACUCUACGACCCCCCGGCGAAGAACCCUUCUAGCGCGAGAAAGAAGUUUGGCGAACUGUUCGACACGGACAUCCCGGAGGAGAUUGAGGGCAGGUCCCUGCAAGACGACCAAAAAAAGCGUUUCCGCGCCUUCUUCCCACCGGGCGAGCAUGAGGCACGAAGCCGAUUGGAGAAGUUCUGUGAGGAGAAGGUCGGCCAGUAUCAUAACAAGCGCAACAUCCCCUCCGACGCCGGGACCUCAUCUCUCUCCGUCCACUUGGCCAGUGGUACCAUCAGUUCGAGGACGUGCGUACGGUACGCACGAGACAGAAACAAGACCAAGAAGCUGGACGCUGGGAAUGAAGGCAUCCGGGUAUGGAUCAGCGAGGUCGCAUGGCGAGACUUCUACAAGCACGUCCUGGUCAACUGGCCAUACGUGUGCAUGAACAAACCCUUCAAGCCCGAGUACGCAAACAUCGAGUGGUCUUACGAAAUGGACGAGUUCAAGGCAUGGUGCGAUGGGAAGACCGGCUUUCCCAUCGUCGAUGCGGCGAUGCGUCAGAUGCAUGAGAUGGGCUGGAUGCAUAACCGAUGUCGCAUGAUCGUCGCCUGCUUUCUUGCGAAGGAUCUCCUCAUCGACUGGCGCAUGGGCGAACGCCACUUCAUGGAGAACCUCAUCGACGGCGACUUCGCCUCCAACAAUGGUGGCUGGGGGUUCUCAGCGAGCGUUGGUGUCGAUCCCCAGCCGUACUUCCGCAUCUUCAACCCCUUGCUUCAGAGCGAGAAGUUCGAUCCUGACGGAGACUACAUCAGGAAGUGGGUUCCGGAGUUGAAGGGUGUCAAGGGCAAGGCUAUUCAUGAUCCGUACGGCCGCGGCGCCGGCCCCCAGGCGAAGAAGGCGGGUUACCCUCAACAAAUGGUUGAACACAAGGGUUGUCGUGAGCGGGCGUUGUCGGCGUACAAGCAUGGACUGGGUAGAGACGACUUGUGA